AGGACUCACACUCAAUCAUAGUCUACCCUGGUCAGAACGUAUUGGUACCAUGCAGAUAAUUUUUCCUCUCUGACGUUAAGCCAAGCGCUCGCGUUGUAACUACACAAGAGCACGACAACGUCGAAAGCCCUACGCAAUAUUCCCUCUGGCGUUUUGAUUUCUUUGUGUUAUUUUCGUUUUUUUGAAACUUUCAAAGGGCUUUCACCAGGGGAAGACCACACGCACCAGAGCGAACUAGACUACAGGUAGUUCGAGGGAUGAAGCCUUCUUCUGCUUAGAAGGAUGCCGUUCAUAGUAGCUACAGGCUGAGAGCGACCACUUGAACCCUGUCAGUGCGCGUACUUGACAUUUUUAUACAGAACUUCUUGUUUUGUCCUGCUCUUACAGAUUACAAAAGAAGCAAAAGCGAACGGCCAGUUGGCAUAAUCGUGGCCUAGCCUCAGCCCUCCAGCAUGUCGACGACAUCAGCGCCAAUUGUAACCUCCUCCGGAUAGUUACUCCAGGAUCGUUUUCCGAGUCAUUUUUUGCUUGCGUGGUAACGUAACCCAAGCUAGCAGAUCGCGCCGCGGAGGUGCUGCAUCAACUGACACCAGCGAGGUUGCUCUACAGUACGAUUCGGCUUUGAAAAAACACGGCCCCGGAGGCUCCGACGGCACUUGGUGAAGAAAGGAAAAUCGCCAUUGAAAAGUGCGACGGAACAGUAAGUACCUCAGCAGCAAUAGGUUGGAGCAGCAGUCGUCAGUACAGCGAUCCUGCUGUCGUGGUGCGUACACAUUGACAUUUCCCUUCCAGAUAUCGCAAGGAAAUAAAACACCCGGACUCCUUCCUGUCUGCCGAGUCUGCCCGAAUAAAACGAAGAUGUCGUUGGAAAUCGGUGGGAGCAGUAGCUCGGACAACGUGCGGGUGUGCUGCCGCGUGCGUCCCCUGAGCGAGAAGGAACUCAAGGGGUUUUGCGUGGACACGAAGGAAACCGAUGAGGGCUUCAUCAGUUGUCGCCUCGGUGCUGUGACCGGAGUGAACAAGGACAGUACGGCUUCGAACCAGUACAGUUUCCACUUUGACCGUGUGUUUCCGACGAACUCACCGCAGAAAAAAGUGUACGAGUACGCGGCCCUGCCGACCGUCAAGUCCGUCAUGGAGGGAUUUAACGGAACCGUAUUUGCUUACGGACAAACAGCCAGCGGAAAAACGUACUUCGUAUGCUGCGAAAUGAUGUGCAAAUUCAAAAAUAAAAUUGAUUCUUGCUCUCGUUGCAAUAAUAAACAUGCCGUGGUGUCGUCCUUAUUCAACGGGUGGACACGCUCAGUUGUUGGAUUUCUGGGCUGGGCCUCAGCCUAGAAAGUAAGUCACCUUUGUAAAUUUUGAAUCUGUUUCUGACACAGGUACACGAUGCAGGGCCCGGACAUGAUUGACGAGAACCUGCAGGGCGUGAUUCCGCGCAUGGUAUGGACGAUAUUCGACGCCAUCUAUUCCGCGCCGCCCACACAAGAGUUUCUCGUGAAGGUCUCUAUGGUCGAACUGUACAUGGAAAAAAUUCGGUGUCUGCUAGACCCUUCCGGUACCGCCGCCGGGGGAGCCGGAAAGGAUAAUUUGAAGAUUAAGGAGCGCCCCGACAAGGGCGUGUACAUAGACGGUGCCACCGAGAGUUACGUGCAAAGCGAAAACGAGAUCUUCGACGCGCUAUCACAAGCGCAGUACAACCGGACCGUCGGGUAUAUUUGGUUUUUGAAAAGAACGGUCCUUUGCUUGCGUUUUAUUCAUUCCCGCACUGCGAUCAAAAUCAUUAGAAACUCAAUCGUGAGUCCCAUGCUUCUUGAUUUCCCCGAAAAUUAAAUGAAAAUCACGUCCACGACAGCGCCACAAAUAUGAAUGCGGUGAGUUCGCGGUCGCACAUGAUUUUCCAACUCACCGUGGAGAAUAAGGAUACUGUGAAAAACGCCGUGAAGCGCGGAAAACUCUUUUUGGUCGACUUGGCCGGUUCGGAGAAGAUCCAGCGGACCGGGGCCACCGGGAGUCGACUGGAGGAGGCAAAAAUGAUCAACAAGAGCUUGUCCGCCCUGGGAAACGUGAUCAACGCGCUGACCGAGCCCGGGAAGAGCCACGUGCCGUACAGGGACAGCAAGCUCACGCGCUUGCUGUCCGAGAGUUUAGGAGGUAUAUUUUGCAUACUGCUGGCUUCGCGGCCUUUUGAUAGUUAGACUGAGUCUGGUGCAUGGUGUUUCUGAGCAGGUAGUAGAAUAUGCUCUUUGCAGGACGAAAAGUAGAUCCCCGGACAGCACCUGAAUUGAGUUUUGCUUCACGACUGCUCGGAAAAAAAUAUACUAGGUAACGCAAAAACGACACUAAUAAUCACGGUCUCGCCUUCCUCCGCCAACGACGCAGAAACGCUGAGCACGUUACGAUUUGGGCAGCGCGCAAAGAUGAUCAAGAACCGAGCCGUCGUUAAUGAGGAUCUCAGUAUAUUUUUCUUUGUUUUCGUUUGCGCUCCUCAUUUAUUUUGCCAGUACGACGUACGUAACAAGGCUGUUGCAAUCUUUGCGCAUGGUGUCGUUUAUGACCGUACAAGCCAUUUUAUUGUCACGAACUUCUUUAUCUCCGACUACAACAGGCGUGGAGGCUUUGAACGCGAAGGUGGUGCAGCUUCGCGAGAUUGUUGCCCGGUCCAAGAACCGCGUCAAGGCGCUGGAGGGCCUGUUGAGCACCAAUGGCAUCCCCAUCCCGGACGGCUCCAGCGACGGGGCGCAGGUCGAGUCCGGCACGGAAGGGGACGUCGGGGAGCCAGGUAGUGGCGCGCAAGCGCUGAGCGAGCAGCAGCAAGAGGAGCUUGCGGAGCUGCAGCGGGAAAACGUCGAGCUGCGCGCCGACGUCGAGCAGGCAGAAAAGGCGGCCUUCGCGUCCCAGCAGAAGCUGCAGGAAACCCAGACGGAACUGCAAGCGGUCUCGUACGAGCGCGACGAGCUGCAGUCGCAACUGGCGCGCCUGCAGGCGGACCUAGCUACACAAAAAGCCGAAAACGAGUCGCUGAAGCUAGAGAAGAAGAACCUGAAGGCCGAGGUAGCGGAGGCCAAGGAGCAGUGCGAACAGCAAAAGGUGAAAGGCAUGCAGGUCAUCGCCGGAAAGCUGCAGGACGAGAGAGCAACGGCUCCAGCGAACAUCCUGCAAAUCUGUUCCCGCGAACUGCUUGCCGACGACGACAUUGUCGACGCGAGCUGCAAGGUCGUGCUGUCCGUGAUGAAAGACCUGGCAGAGGGCAACAUCCGCCUCUCGCGCGAAAACGAACUCGCACAACAAGACAGAGAGGGCGAAAUGCACUCGCUCUUGCGCGAGCGAGAAGCCGCCGUCACGAAGCUCGAGGUACUAGCUGGCCGUUUUUGUUUGAGCAUCGGGCGUUUUUCAUUUGCAUUUUCUAGAGAAAAGACCGAGAGCGUUCAUGUGGUUUAUCAUUUCUUGUGCCUGAAUCAUGAAAAACCGAUAAAUUCAGAUGGAGCUUGCGAGCGAGCGGGAGCGCGCUGCGGACCUACAUGACAAGCUGAAGGACGGUGACCGGCCUUUGAAGCGCAAAGUUAGCCAGUUGGAUAAGAAUUUGGAGCAGCUGACGGUGAUGUACCAUAAACUGGUUUCCCAGAACAGCGGGCUGAAGGUCGAGUGCCAGGUGAACGAGAAGAAGGUCGUGCGAAAGGACCAGCGCAUCGCGGCACUGGAAAAUUCACUUCGCGACGCGAAAUCGAAGUACGAAAAGCUUCUGACACAGUGCGCCAACCUGACCGCGGCCAUGGACAUGAUGAGUUCCCGGGAGAAGGGCAGCUUGGCCGUGGGCGCAGGGAAUAAAGGGCGGCUAAUGCGGCCCCUGCAGGGCGGCGUGCGCAGCAUACGGGCCUCCGGCUCCAUGUUGAGCAUAGGAGAUCCGGUGCCGGAACGAGGGGGGGCGUCAGGUAAUUCGGAAGAGACAGGACGAGCCACGGCAAAGGCAAACGCAAGCCAAGCCACGUACAAAAUUAGUGCCAACUUCCGGACAUCCCUGGAGGAACGCGAGGCGUCCAGUAGUGGUCCCGACCCAUGAUAAAUUGUACUCAGGUGGAGCUCGGGGUGCUCGCGGAUGAAAGAAGGGGAAGAAAGUACCCGGGGUAGAUCAGAAGAGAACUAUUUUCUUUUCCCGCACGAUAAGUGACCGAGCUCCUCUGUACUUGGUUUAUCCCACCUUGAUCGUGAAAAAUCCGAAAACAUUUUUAAUCGCGCAUUUUUCUACUGGCACUGCUAGUGCUACUCAACAAUAUCACUUGUUUGGCGAAGGGAGCUGAGUAUGAGAUUCGCUUCUGCGACUCUUUCCUACGGCUUUUUUUUCCAUGUGUUGAAAUAGUAUUUGCUAAUUUUUGAAGAAGAUCCAGACCGAGGGGGGGAAUACAUGACAGUGAGAUAUUGAGGAUGGGAUUUGUUUUCAGUGUGAGAGAUGAAGUAGAUGAGGAGGAAGUACGAACGAAGGAUCCGAUUUUUCGGUUUUUUAAUGAGAGUAUCCAAAGGCAAAGAUGAUCUUUUUUUUUUUCAAAAUGUUGGUUUCCACGACCCGCGUGAAAACUUUUCUUUCCGCCCUUUAACGCAACUGUUUUGCUUUUGCGCGGUAUGUUUUUCAUGGCUCGGUUUGAUUUUUGAAGCAGCGCGAAAGAAGUAGCGCGGACAGCAGGUCUCCGUGCCGCCGAGAGGGCACGAUUUGCCCAUGCGCGGCAAGGUCGCGGGAGGAGGAAGCGCAGUCGUUUGCCUUCCCGCUCGGACCAGCACACCAGACACGUUUUUAGCAGCGGCCCGGAAGCAGAACCGUUUCGGGGUCGUUGUUGAACAUAACGACAAGCGGUUGAACCGCAUCUGAAGGGGAG